AUGGUGAGUAUUGGAGACGACUCGUACUCAGCAUAUCUCGUCCACUGGAGUCUGAUAAAGCUGACGGAGUACACGAGGAUUUCCACCCGUUUGCACAAAAUGGGAUUCACAGGUAAGUUGUUGCGCUGGUUAUGCCCGCGUUAAAACUGCAUACUGUCAAUCUGUCGGGAAAAUAACGGCGGGUCGUCGCAUCAAAAGGUCUCGCCUCACCACAUCGCGCACCAAAUCUCCAGCUUCGGCAGCCGUCGCAAAGGCGAGACGAUCCGUCGUUAUUUUCCCGGCAGAUUGAUAGUCGCGCCAUAAAUUCCUGACACAUUUAUAGCGGGUGUCGCGCAAGAAGAUUGAAGUGUGCGAAAGUGCAUGUCGCUAAUGCAAAAAACGGGGAAUUGCCGCGACGGGUCCGAAAGAAACCCAAAAACGCACCGUGCAAAUAUGUCAGGACUUUACGUCGCGAUUCCCAUUCGGACGGUGCGUAGGCAUGAGAAGGCUUUCUGACCCACCCAAAUCAGUCUGUCGGAAAAACAAUAUGGAUUUGUCGCAGCAAAAUAUUUAGUCUCUAGUUUUUUGCUGCGGUGAGCUCUUGUAAGGCGAUGCUGGGCGAUUCCAAAGCGCGACUAAUCCAUAUUAUUUUCUCGAGAGAGUGAUAUAUGUACAUGUACAUAUAUAGCAAAAGUCUCAAUUCUAGAAUGCCUUCUUCUCCUCUUGGCAUCUCUGCAAAUCGGUGCUCUAAUGGAGAAGGCAAUGGCCAAAAUAUCCACCUGGAUCACUUGCUGGCAACGAUUACUCUCGCUCCUUGGAAUCUUUGCCAUUUCAAUUUCUCUCACCUAUUUCUACAUUUACGACCAACUUCCCGGGCGCCACGAGGGAAUGAGUCGACGUGUUCUGAGUUACCAAAAUCCAUCGUAUUUGAAGCGCAUUCACUCGAUUUACGAGAACCGAACCCAACCGCUGAACAUGACCUCAUCCGAGCUGAUACGGUUUCACAGAGAAAUGUCGUAUUACAUCGACAAAUACGUUCCAAAAUGCAAGGAACGAUACGUUCAACGGUUUGGAAAGUCGAAUAUCACGCAGCGUUUUGAAUACGUCUGUAUGGAAGAGGUGAGGGAAUAGAGACAAUCCUGCGCGUACUAUCAUUUUUAAAUACGGUGAAACCUCUGUACAAGUACAAGUUUUUUUUGGUCUUAUGUUAUUUGUUGUCCAGAGAUUUCAGCGUUGCCUUUUUCGCGCAUAGCCCGUAUAAUUCUUCGAUGACUCUCGCAAAAAAGUGCAUUUCGCCAAAACUGGAAGUCAUAGCGGCACUCGCGAAAGAAAAUAUCGGUCUGUCGGAAAAAAACGGCGGAUCGUCGCGCCUCGGAGUCGCUCAUCAUUGCUUUGCGACUGCAAGCCGCGGCUUGGAAUUUGGUGCGCGAUAGCGGCGAGGCGAGACAUUUUGCUGCGACAAUCCGCCGUUAUUUUUCCGACAGACUGAUAGCAUACUGUGCAAAAUUCUACGGGCUUUAGUACACAUAUUUCGACCAGCUUGUCGAAAAAAUGAGCACUCUGUCGCAUUGAAAAUCGCAUUGCCACCAAGAAAAUUAAUUGUGCCGCGGCAAACGUCAAAUUGCUUUUCACUUCAGCGACAUGAUCGGCGCAGCGACAUUGUGCUCAUUAUUUUCCCGACAUAAUGAUCCGCUGAUUUUGAUAUUUGAAUCAGUUGAAGGUCAAAAAUAAAUGAGUAAAAAUUCAUUGCAGGGCGAAGGUACCAAAGAAGUUGUCCUCAUCGGAAAUUCGUUAGCCAGAGAUCUGUUCUUUGGAAUGAAAGACCAAUGGCGGCAUUUGUAUCGACGCCUCACCUUGAUCGCACAUCCUCGCGACAUUCCCUUCCAGCACUUGGAUGGGCGAAACGAGGAAAUCCUCGACAUUCUGCGCAGUUGGGAACGACCAAUCCAAAUUUUGAUCGUCCAACAUUCGUAAGAUUAUGCGAGGUCAAAAAUGAUGCAAAAAAAUGUGUUUUAGCUAUAAAAAAGACCGCAUCACCCCUGAAUACAUUGCCAACGCAAUGCAGCAAGAGAUGCAGCAGUUCUACGAUCAGCUAGACGGCAUUGUAGAGGAGACAGUGUUGUUCGGAUACCCGGAAAAUUUUGCCGAAAUGAAUUCUCAAACCUUGUUUAUGGUCUUCGAAAAUCAUCUGCCAUACAAUAGUCUGGAUUUUCGACGAAAGGUAAGAUUUUGGGUCGACGGUCGUUGAAGAAUUUGCCGCAUUUCUCGAGUGUUUAUUGUAGUCGACGAUCGCUAAGGACGUUGACUAAAGCAUUUGUCGCAUUUUACAUAUAUUUCGUUGUAUCUAUCAGUCAGCCGGGAAAAAAGUGAGAGCAAUGUUGCUGCGCCAAUCGCGCUAAAAUAAAAAUAAAUUUGAUUUCAAGUAACUUUCUCGGCGGCGAUGCAAUUUUCGAUGCGACUUUGCGGUCACUAUUUUCCCGACAGACUGAUAAACCUUUUCAGCAACCGGAACAGACCACACUUUCCCGACGUAUAGCCGACAACAUUCGUUGCAAGAAAUGUGUUCGCGUCGACUUUUCCAGCGUGUUAUGUAAUCGGAUCAACGACAAAUGCCACGUAGUCCUGCCGAAUGGCUUGACAAUAUAUCGAGAUCGAUUGCAUACAACGUUAUUCGGCUCGUUAUUGAUUAGCCGCGAGUUUCUGGACUCGUAUCGCAGACACAGCGCAAUUCUCAUGUAA